AUGUGUGAGCCACCAAAGUCAAACAGUUCAUCUUCAAGAAAAGAAGACCGACAUUCGACACCCGACAUUUUGAUGUGUGAGCGUGAUGAAAGGUUUUUCCAGUCUCUGUAUGACUUUAUUAAACAUGAGAAACAGUACCUGCAGUGUCCAGAAGAAGGGCCGGACGAGCUCCGGUACAGUAUCUACCGCUCUGUGUUCAACAAGGUGAUCGCACGAGCGACGACCUAUAAGAGACUUCUGCUGACCAUAAAUUCGGGGUAUGAUGAUGUCGUCAGGGCGCUGCAGCGGCAGGAGGACGAGGCCAGAACAGCUCGGCGGACUCUGGCGGCCUCGACGUCACACCCGAAGUCCCUGAUAACCUGCCAGAGACGAGCCGCCCACCUGAGGGAGAGGAUCUUUGUCCUUCGGAGGGAAACAGCAGAACUUCAGGAGCAGAUCAGGAGACAGAGAUCAUCUCGAGAGCAGAGCACAUGGAUCCCUGGUCUGACGGUGGCCGAGUCAGAGGAUCCAGAGGCUCUGGAGCGACAUCUGAGGCAUCUCGAAGCCCAGAGAGCCGCCCUACUGGACAGGAAGAGUCACUGCGUCCCCCUGGAGGUCAAAGACGAGCUGGACGCCAAGCUGCAGGCUGCCGAGCACCACCGAGACCGGCUGAGCUCCGAGAACAACCGACUGAAAGUCCUAUACAAGCGUCUGAGCUUUGUGUCUGACCGUCUGUCCGACUGGGAGAGCGAGAAGCAGCAGGUUCCUCUGGAGGAACUCCUGGGUUCCACGCUGGAGAACGUCAGACAGACGAGCGUGACGGAUGAAGAUGCCCGCAGCGUCGACGCCGAGCUGUUUGAGGACGAAGAGCCGAGCGGAGUCGACGGGUCCAGACUCCUGACAGAUUACUUGGACAGGUUUAUGGAGCUCUUUGAUUCAGCUCAGUAUGAGGAGGCUGCUCUCCUCGCUGCCAGAUCUCCUCGAGGAGUCCUGAGGAACCUCGAUACCAUGGAGCUGUUUGAAGGUGUGAAGGGGCCCCCGGGGUCCGUCUCCCCUCUCCUGCUCUUCUUCCAGGCCCUGCUGAUGACCGUCCCGGCCGGCGACCGGCUGUCAGCUGCUCUGUCCCCGCACGCCGUCCGCUGCGUGCUGCGGCACGGCGCCACGCAGCUCGUCACCCACGCCGUCGCCCACGACAGACUCACCUUCUCUGAGGAUCUGGGCGACAUCCUGACCGAGCAUGCUCAGAAGAACCCCGGUGUGGCCGACACGUGUCUGGCGUUGGCCACCGUCAUCUACGAGGCCUGCGGGCCGGACAGGAAGACCGCACUGAGCAUGUGCAAGAGAGGCCUGAUCCACAGCGCUGCCGAGUUCAUGAGCCACUGCAAGGACCUCACAGCUGAGGACUGUAUGUGGGUUCUAUGUCGCUCGCCCAGCCUCUCGCUCCUCCAGCUGUUGACAGAACCUCUGCGGCGCCAGGCGGCCAUCUUGCCAGUGGGCGUGGCCUGUUCCACUCUGCUGGCGGACCCUCAGCAGCAGGAACUAGCUCUGCAGCUCCUGGACAGCUUCGUCAGUCGAGGACGAGGAGUGUUGGAGGAGGUGAUCCUGGAGGACAGCAGCUCUUCAGUGGACGUCUGGACAGACACGGCGUCUCUGUGCUCCGAUCUGAACCGGGCCGACCUGAGCCGGGCCGUCCUGUCCGUCCUGCUGGACCAGAGUGGGACCAGAGUCUCGUCCCCGGACCUGGAGGGAGCUCGGCUCGUGGAGCACAUCUUCCUGUGA